CAAAAACAAUCACAAUAGUGAAAUAUAGCCUCCUUAUCUAAAAGUCUGAACAGGCUCCUGGAGUCCUGGAGUCCUGUGUCCUGACUCCUAAGUUCUAACUCAGCGUGCGAAGCUGCGAAUACUAUAAAAACCGCCAUCACUAUUGUUCAACUAUCACAAAAAAAUGUAUUCAUCUAUGAUCCAAACGUUAACAGUAGCGGCUUCCCUAGCUGCAUACUCAGUCGAUGCAACUGCAAUUCGACGAAGUGUGAACAAGCUAACACAGGGUACCACCUGGACACUCGAGGCAUGGGGAUAUGAAGACACCAGUAAUGGCUACAUGAUUGACAUCGAUCUACAGACGAAGUCAAAGGACUAUGUCAAGUCUCUUGUAGACGGAGGACAGUACGUGGUGUGCUAUUUCAGUGCCGGUACUGCCGAGGAUUGGAGACCAGACUAUCUCGAUAUGAUGGAGUAUGCUUCAAAAGAUAGCCGAUACCCCGGAGAGUACUGGAUGGAUAUCACACAGUGGAAGAGCUUCAAGCACUUAAUCAAGGCCAGAAUGGAGGAGGCAGUUAAAAAGGGAUGUCACGGAAUAGAACCGGACAAUACCGACGCAUACGAAUAUGGUAGUGACGCCGUACCGGGCGAAACCAAAGACAGUUUAAAGCCGUAUCAGAUUGAAUACAUGCGUUGGAUGGCAAAUACCGCCCACGAAUUGGGUCUCGAGAUUGCACAGAAGAACACCGUUGAUUUGAUCCCUGAUCUGAUUGACGUUAUGGACUACGCGAUCAACGAGUCUUGUGCAAAGUUCUCAAAGAACGCAUACUGCAGCAAUUAUGAAGCAUUUGUGAAGCAGGAUAAGGCCGUGUUCGGGGUUGAAUAUAACACUAACGGUGAUUGCAGUGAUGCACAGGCUGAAGGAAUCAUGCGAAAGUACAAACACUCAAAUGGCAAGCAAUGGGUGGAUUGCAAAAUUAGUACGAACUAGACUGCCACCACCAUUUUGUGCCACACUGCACUCGACAGCGUGACGCACAAUCUGAAUAUAUAUAUAUAUAUAUAUAUUUAUAUAAAAUAAAAAAGCAUU